GACCCCCGGGACCCGCUGGUCAACAGGCUGCUGAGGAUGAUGGCCACGACCGCCAUGUCUCAGGCUCUGUACUUCUCCACUGGUCUCCAGUCCCAAGACCAGUACUACCACUACGGUCUCGCUCUGGAUCGGUACACUCACUUCACGUCACCCAUCCGUCGCUAUGCCGACAUGGUGGUGCACCGCCUUCUCACCGCUGCCAUCGCCAUGGACACGGGGGCGGAGCCUGAGAGAGCUGUAUCCAGUAACAAAGACCUGGAAGAAACGGCUCUUCAUAUCAACAACAAGAACAGGGCAGCCCAGCGGGCCCAGAAAUUGUCCACAGAGUUGUUUCAGUGUCUCUACUUCAAAGAGCGAGACCCUCAGACAGACCAGCGCUGUGUGGCGGACGCCGUCAUCUACUCCAUCAGAGACAACGGCGUGCUGGUGUUUGUCCCAGAGUACGGAGUUAAAGGGCCGGUGUACCUGAAGAACCGGGAGGGUCAGGUGGCGUCUGCGGGACCGGAUGGCGUCUGUGAGUGGCAGAGCGGCUUCGUGAAACGACACUCGGACCACAUCAUCACCACCUCCAGCUGCGGCUCCUCCACCUUCAGACUCUUCGACCACAUCACUGUUCGUAUCUCCGUGCGCUCCACUCACUGCCACGCCGACACGCUGAACCUGGAGGUCAUCGGCAACAAGCCCCACCUCGGCGCGGAGCCGCAGCGGCCGCACUCGCAGGGCCGCAGCCAGCUGGUGCAGGAGGUGGUGCGUCUGGCCGAAGAGGCGUCCCAGCAGGCGCAGGACGCGGCGGCGCGGCGGCCCAAACUCUCCAGAGAGGAGAGGGAGUUCUGUCAGAGUAAGACUCCCAACCUGUACUCCCUGCUGGAGGAGGUGAGGGAGCUCGCUCUGCUCGACGCCGAGCUGACGGCUCGGCUCUGCGCCACGACCGCUUAGAGACGCCGAAACACGGAUCAGCUGGACUCACGGGAGGCCGCUGCGUUUAUAAAUAUGACUGCCGAUAUUUCAUCAGGACGAUCAUCGUCGAAUCAUGACAGCAGAUUUGUAAUUUUCUUUUUUUUAAUCAUUUAAAAGACAAAUUCUUUAAAGUGUACAGAAGUUUUGUGAUUAUUAAAUGAAUGAAUAAAUUUCAUUAAACCUGCUCUUUUUUUUAUCAUUUCAGUCAUCUUGAGGCUGUUUAUCCGAUGCUGAAUUUAAAGAUUAGAUCACAGAUGAUCUGAUAGACUGAAAAGGUUCAAUUUUCAAGGAAAUGUUUAUUAUUUAGCAUUUGAAAAAAACUACAAGGACACUAAGCUAAAGCACAGCUCAACGUUUUUCCUGAAGGUUCUUCGGUUUAAGCUCCAGAAAAGACUUUCAGAAAGGUUUUAGUGUCACUGCAGUGACCUCUCACGCUGCAUUUAUCAGGUUCCCACAUGAACACCAACACAUUCUUCCACAUGUUUGUAGUUCUUGACAUUUAGGCCACAGCUGAAAACUUUCAUAAAAAAUAACUUUGUCAUAUUUGCCAAAACUGUCACUACAUCCUGCUGGCAGCACAUGAGAAAGAUAAUCUGGUGAAUCCAUCACACCUGCACAAAAAAUACAGUCACAACCAGGAGGAGUUUUUAAGGUAGAGUCGACAGCGUACACGGCAAAGACGAGCAGCGAGCGGAGUAGAAACCGCUGCUGACACGUGUUAUUGUCACGCCUCUUUUGAUUGUUGCUGUUUUGGUUUUGUGUAAAAAUGUAAAGGAGCCAGAGGCGAUAAAAACCCGCGCCUGCUGCAGAGUCGUUUGACCUGCGUGUGAAUGCAGAUUGUACGCGUUCUCACUGCAUUAAAAACCCAGAUGUUAGUGGAUGUUUUGGGGGGUUUGUACAGUGGGAAUGAGGCUUUAGAGACUCCUCCUGGCUCUGGCUGGUGUUUCUGUUCGGGCGCUGUAGAUUCUUGUAAAUGUCAUCAUGAACAGUGGGAGGAGCCAGAGGAACAGGAUUUAUUGCACAGAUUAUCAGUCGCAUGUGCUGCUUUCAGACAGUCAAACUACAUCCUGCAAAUAAACGGAGGAAAAUCUGAAAAAUUCACUUCCACUAAAUGCUGCUGACAGCAAACCAGCACAGCAGAUGUGGGAUCAGCGCCUCGUUAUAGAUUUCAGACCGGAUCGAGGGAAAACCUGAAUCUGAAUAAAGUUUCUCUCUGCAAACUAAAGACAACGUGUCCGCGCAGUUUUCAGCUCCUACACAGUGUGUGUGCUGCACCUGAGCUUUAGUCUGCGUCCUCACGCUGGCUGCUGGGUU